AUGGCCGCCGCGAACCCCACCAAGCCGGUCAAGAUCCUGAUGCUGCACGGCUACACGCAGACGGGGCCUCUCUUCCGCAACAAGACGCGCGCCCUGGAGAAGAACCUCGCCAAGGCGUUCCCGGCCGGCGUCUCGCUCAGCUACCCGACGGCCCCCAUCCGGCUGUCGCGCGCGCAGAUCCCGUCGUGGGACACGGACGGCGUGAAGAAGGACGACGCGGCCGGGGACGACGACGAGGAGGAGCCCGAGGCCUACGGCUGGUGGACGCGCAAGGACAAGGUCGAGACGGACAGGGUGCCCGUCGAGGGCGAGGGCUUCGUCUACGAGGGCAUGGACGCCGGCCUCGCCCGCGUCGCGCAGGUGCUCCGGGACGAGGGCCCCUUCGACGGCGUCGUCGGCUUCUCGCAGGGCGGCGCCGCCGCCGGCAUGGUCGCGAGCCUGCUCGAGCCCGGCCGCAGGGCGGCGUUCGACGCGGCCGCCGAGAAGGGCGGCAUGCCGUUCCCCGACGCCUUCGCCGGCGCCGACGGCGUGCACCCGCCGCUCAAGUUCGCCGUGUCGUACUCGGGCUUCGCGCCCGCGCAGAACCCGCUGUACGACGCCUUCUACAAUCCCAAGAUCAAGACCCCGAUGCUGCAUUUCCUGGGCAGCGUGGACACGGUCGUCGAGGAGGCCCGGAGCUUGAGGCUGGCUCACGCGUGCGAACAGCAUGAAGGAAGGAUCGUCUACCACCCUGGUGGUCACUUCCUGCCCAGUAGCCAGAAGCAGUAUGUUGCUGCUCUGGUCGGUUUUAUAAGGCAAAUCCUCGCCGAUUCUGAAAGCAAUGGGAAGAAGGAAGAGAGCGUAGAGGAUAUGGACGUGCCUUUUUGA